GGACUUUGCAACUGUCGGUAGCCACGUUUGACGAACUGUCUAUGAAGUACAGGGGGAGGCAACAGCACAGGAUGCAAAGGGAAAAACUGACUGCAGAGACUAUCACAUCCGUUCAAGUUGAAUAAAGUACCCAAUGUGGUGAGCACACGGCAGUGGCAUGGUAUGCUUCUGCCGUUCCAUGUCCACUUGUUCAUGGUAUACCCUUUCACUCGCCAGUCCUUCCUACGAAACGUGCCAUGAUCACCACUACGUUGAAGUUGCUCAAACAGGAAUAUCCCAGCUUUAUAAAUGCUCGUCCGCCAGCUAUUGGAUGGCUGGCACGGUCACACAAAGACGUCGUUUUCGCACACAGUGGCGGUGGAUUUGGCACAGUUUCGACUUCAAGGCCCAAAGAGAUGUACGAUUGAAGAGGGAAACGAUCCCUCUCACAAGGCACCUUGAGAAGAUCCGAGUCACUGAGAUGGCAAGUUUGUAUGCUCGAAGGUAACAAGACACCUCAUUGAGAGUAAUCUUGGGCCUGUCAAUUGUCAGUUUCGAGCAUCAUAAGCAUCAAUUUCAGCACAUCUUCGGCACAACAACAGUCAAUGAAAAGGCUGAGUUGCAAUUUGACAUCAGUGCUUGUUCAGGUAUCGACACAAAAGACUUUUCUGCUAGCCAUUCUUUGCUUCGCCAUUUUCGAAACGACAAAACGAGCAAUCCCGCGAAGGAAGCAAGAAAUAUAUGCUGAAUCACAUU